CCGUGGCUAGCAGCAGGCUGCGGGCAGCACCGCCGCUUCGCUGGCGUCUGGUGGAGCGGAGCGGGGUGGCAGCAGCAGGCUGUGGCCGGCAGGGCGAAGCGAAGCGGCUGGAGGGUCUCUCCGCGCCCUCCCGUUGUUCUCUUUCUCCCCCUUUCCUGUGAACCGCUCCCCGCCCGGGUCCCGCGGGUGCAGCAUGAAGUGCAGCGAUGGCCCGGAGAGGUAAGACGGCGGUGAGGACGCUGGAAGACCUGACGCUGGACUCCGGGUAUGGUGGCGCGGCGGACUCGGUGCGCUCCUCCAACUUGUCGCUGUGCUGCUCGGAUUCGCACCCCGCGUACCCCUAUGGAGGAAGCUGCUGGCCGCACCUAACUGACUCCAUGCACAGUCGGCACAACAGCUUCGACACCGUCAACACCGUCCUAGCGGAAGACUCCGAGGUGCUGGACUGCGCGGGGCAGCAGUGCUCCCGGCUCCUGCCCGACCUUGAGGAGGUCCCCUGGAGCCUGGAGGAGGUGGAGGCGCUGCUGCUGCCGCCGCCGCGCCGGGAGCCGCGGGCACCGGGCGCCGCCGCUGCCAGCCCCGGGAGCCGGGAUGCGGCGGCGCGGCUCUCGACGCUGGUGAGCCGGGCACUGGUGCGCAUCGCCCGGGAGGCGCAGCGGCUGAGUCUCCGCUUCGCCAAGUGCACCAAGCACGAAGUGCGGAGCGCGAUGGAGAUCGUGCUGGGCUGGACGCUGGCGGCCCGCUGCACGGCGGCCGCCCUCGGCGCCCUCUCCCUCUACAACAUGAGCAGCAGCGGCGGCGACCGCUUCAGCCGCGGCAAGUCGGCGCGGUGCGGGCUGUCCUUCUCCGUGGGCAAGUUCUACCGCUGGAUGGUGGACAGCCGCGUGGCCCUGCGUAUCCACGAGCACGCCGCCAUCUACCUCACCGCCGGCACCGAGUGCCUCUUCCGCGACAUCCACGCCCGGGUGCUGGCCGGCCCCGCCGCCCCGCUCCCCGGCCGCCCCCCGGCCGCGGCCGCCGCCCCGGCCGAGAAGGAGAAGGACGGCGGCGAGGCGCCCCGCUUCACCCUGGAGACGCUGGAGCAGACGGUCAACAAUGACCCCGAGCUCUGGGGUUUGCUGCAGCCCUACCAGCACCUCAUCUGCGGCAAGAACGCCAGCGGUGUUCUCUGCCUGCCGGACAGCUUGAAUCUUCAUAAAGACCAGCAAAGGUCAAACAAGCCUGGAGAGGUGCAGAUGUUCAGCCAGUCAGAGCUGAGGACCAUCGAGCAGUCUUUGCUUGCUACACGCGUGGGGAGCAUUGCUGAGCUCAGUGACCUGGUGUCUCGAGCGAUGCACCACCUCCAGCCCCUCAAUGCCAAGCAGCAUGGGAACGGGACACCGAUGCACCAGAAGCAGGGAUCACUCUACUGGGAGCCGGAGGCUCUGUACACCCUCUGCUACUUCAUGCACUGUCCGCAGAUGGAGUGGGAAAACCCCAACGUGGAGCCGUCAAAAGUCACACUGCAGACCGAGAGGCCAUUCAUUGUGCUGCCUCCCCUGAUGGAGUGGAUACGGGUUGCCGUGGCUCACGCGGGGCACCGUCGCAGUUUCUCGGUGGACAGCGAUGACGUACGGCAGGCGGCGAGGCUCCUGCUGCCGGGAGUUGACUGCGAACCUCGACAGUUAAAAAUCGACGACUGUUUUUGUGCGUCUCGGAAGCUGGAUGCAGUUGCCACUGAAGCGAAGUUCAAGCAGGAUCUGGGCUUCCGAAUGCUCAACUGUGGCCGAACGGAUCUGGUUAAACAAGCCAUAUCCUUGCUGGGGCCGGAUGGGAUUAACAGCAUGAGUGAACAGGGCAUGACUCCACUGAUGUAUGCUUGUGUCAGGGGUGAUGAGGCUAUGGUGCAGAUGCUGCUAGAUGCUGGAGCAGAUCUGAAUGCUGAGGUUGUCAGUACUGCUCAUAAAUACCCAUCCGUCCACCCUGAGACCCGCCAUUGGACAGCUCUGACAUUUGCUGUGUUGCAUGGACAUAUUCCUGUAGUUCAGCUGUUGCUGGAUGCUGGAGCAAAGGUAGAAGGUUCCUUGGAGCAUGGAGAGGAAAAUUACUCUGAAACUCCUUUACAGUUGGCAGCGGCUGCUGGAAAUUUUGAACUGGUCAGUUUGCUGUUGGAGCGAGGAGCGGACCCCAUGAUAGGAACAAUGUACAGGAACGGCAUUUCCAUGACUCCACAAGGUGACAUGAACUCUUUCAGUCAGGCUGCUGCACAUGGACACAGGAAUGUCUUUCGUAAGCUGCUUGCUCAGCCAGAGAAGGAGAAGAGCGACAUUCUGUCACUGGAGGAGAUCCUGGCGGAGGGAACGGACUUGCCCGAUGCAGCAGCAGCUCCGCUCUGUGCCAGCCGCAACAGCAAGGCCAAGCUGAAAGCCCUGAAGGAGGCCAUGUACCACAGCGCUGAGCACGGCUACGUGGAUGUGACCAUUGACAUACGCAGCAUAGGAGUUCCCUGGACGCUGCACACAUGGCUGGAGUCCUUGCGCACGUCCUUCCAGCAGCACAGACGACCGCUCAUCCAGUGCUUGCUGAAGGAGUUCAAGUCCAUUCAGGAAGAAGAGUACACAGAGGAGCUCAUCACACAAGGGUUGCCCCUGAUGUUUGAGAUACUGAAAGCCAGCAAGUUCAGAGUAACCAGGACGCGAGUUAUCUACACAUGUACGUCGUGCAUUCUCCAUGUGAGAUGCAAACGCCAGAAUGAAGUGAUCAGCCAGCAACUGUCUGUCAUUUUCACGCAUUGCUAUGGGCCCUACCCUAUUCCAAAGCUCGUUGAAAUUAAGCGCAAGCAGACCUCUCGCCUAGAUCCCCAUUUUCUUAACAACAAAGAGAUGUCAGAUGUUACAUUUCUGGUGGAAGGAAGACCAUUUUACGCACAUAGAGUGUUGCUAUUUACUGCAUCACCAAGGUUUAAAGCAUUGCUGUCUAGCAAGCCCUCAUCUGAUAGUACUUGUAUUGAGAUCAACUAUGUGAAGUACCCCAUCUUUCAGCUGGUUAUGCAGUAUCUUUAUUGUGGAGGUGCAGAGUCACUCCUGAUUAAAAAUAAUGAAAUUAUGGAGCUUCUCUCUGCUGCUAAAUUUUUCCAGCUUGAAGCUUUACAACGACACUGUGAGAUCAUUUGCGCAAAAAGCAUUAAUACAGAAAACUGCGUGGAUAUUUAUAAUCAUGCCAAGUUUCUCGGAGUCACAGAACUAUCUUCCUAUUGUGAAGGCUACUUUCUAAAAAAUAUGAUGGUCCUCAUUGAAAAUGAAGCUUUCAAACAGCUGUUGUAUGACAAGAACGGAGAAACGUCUGGUCAAAAUGUACUAGAGGACUUACAGAGGACGUUGGCCACAAGGAUUCAGUCAAUCCAUUUGUCUUCUUCAAAGGGCUCCAUUGUGUAAAUCUGAGGAAGAUGGUAACCGUUGAAUAAAGACCCUGCAAGUUAAGUCUGCUGUUGCAGUUGCUUACACCCAUUGCAGUUGCUUAAACGAUUCAAAAAACAUAAUUCAAAAAUUCUCCUUUACAUCCCAAUAGUUCUGUGUUGGCUAAAGGUGCUGUGCUGGGGCUGUGGCCUCAUUUGGAUGACGGAAUACAGAAAAACAAAAGCUCCUCCAUGUUUAUAAGCAAACGAGGUACAAGAGCAUCCAGUGAAUCGCUGUUGUACUCAAAUCCUGAACACACACGUGUGGUCGUGGAGCUUGAUGCUAACAAAAGCCAGGACUCACAUCAGUGAACAGCAGAAACUCCUGCCUGAGCGGUGGUACCAGGGAACACCUGAAUUGGCCAAUUAAUCAUUUAAGGCGGAUUUGUUCCAAUGUUACACGUUUAAGAACUAUAUCUAUCCCAGAGUCCAUUAUCUCAUGCAUUCAAGAAAUGUAAGAACUGUUAUUACUGUCAAGCAAAGAUCGACUGUAUUAGAGAGUGGGUAAGACUGUUAAAACUGAGGAAAUAUACUGGCAGAUUUUUAGGGGUGGGGACUUUAUAAAUUGUUCAUAAAAAUCAAUGGGGUGGCCUUGUAGUUUACAAACUAUUUCUUAAGCUUAAAAUUUCAUUUUCGACAGAGCUGUGUUUGAGAAUCUAUGUAACAUGUUUUUUUAAAUGGUAAAAUGUACAUUGUGUAAACAUACAUAUGAUCAAGUUUUGCUUGUAUUCUUUCCUAGGGUGGUAUAAUCUUGCCUAACCGGCUGUGGUUACACCAAAGAGGUACAUUACCCAGACUAUCUCUAAUACAGUAGUUGGGGGGCAGGAGAACUGCAUGCUACUUGUAAUUUGGGGUUAAAAGCAAUGACAAACUCAACAUGCAUUUGCAUGGUAACCGUACCUGUGAAAUGUUACGUUCGUGCUGUUUCGCCAAGACAAAUGCAAUGUUACUUCUUGUCAAAACUUCAUUUGUGAAAUUAACAUAUUUUUUCAUUUGGUAUGAUUGGUUGUGAUAUGAUACCCCUAGAGACCCUUCUUGAGAUGCUGAUUUCUGUUUGUUACAGUGAAGGGACGAUAACAGAUCUUCAGUAAUGUGUCGAUACUUUGCUACUGGCCAGAGGUUGUGUCUGAGUUAGACUUUUAAAAAUUAUAAUUAAAUAUGUACUAUAGAAUGA